GCUUCCACUCGCCGUGUCGAUGCGAGUGAGACUUGCCUGGCUACCGAGGUAUCCCUAUCCAUUCAUUACUUUCCAUGCCUCAUUAAGGAAUAUGAAAACCUAGGACUGGCCUCUCUGUCGCUUUGGUGGGGUUUCCGUUUCCUUACGACUAGCAGAUAGGGCUGGAUUAUGGGGUAUCAAUGAUGUCGACUGCAGCUGUCGCAGACGCAGUGCUUCUCUCUAGAGAGGUUGAGAUGAAGAACGAGCUUACCCUUCCUCUGUCGAAGCCGUCAGACAUUACUCUCUCAAUCCCUGCCCAUGACCUUUCAUUUCCGUCCUACGCAUUGCCCCUCUCCGAUUCGAACCAUUCUUUUACAAGCCAACGUCACAUUUCAGCACCAGAAACCCCGAGCGCCACCGUCCCUUACCUUCCAGUUGGCGUUUUGCGGAGGAGCGAUAAUCGAGUACUCGAAAAUCCCAGUUUUCCAGAUGCCGAACUUGCGAUAUUACAAAAACAAGGUUGGGUGAAACUUGCUUGGCAUACGUAUGAGUCACACACUGGAUGGUCCUUUGCCCAGGUAUAUGUUUUGCCUGAUGAUGUCGGGCGCAACAUCAUUUCUCGCACAAGUAGCGCCUGUAGAAAGGCUCUUAAGCUUGUUUUAUCACUAGUUGACAGAUCUUCUGCGGCUUGGGAUGGAGAAUUUCGCACAACGUUGUCGCAACAUGAAACAAAUGCCGCUGAAGAUGAGUCGCUAUGGUACAUUUUUAAUACCUUAAACAAUCCCAGUCCUACGCAGGAAGACGUCGAAGAUGGAGAUGGUCGGUUAGCUAUGCAAGAAUUGAUGUUCAGCUCGAGGGCUCACAAUACAGAUACUCUAGAAUCAUCUGGAGUUCUGGGGCUCAAGACACCUUUACAUCCUUACCAAUCUCGUUCGGCGGCAACGAUGAUCCAGCGAGAAGUGCAUCCGAAGCAAAUGUUAGACCCACGAGUGCAGGUGUACAAAACACCCUUUGGCCAGGAAUACUAUUAUGACAAAGAAGAUGGAAUUCUGUUAUGUGAAAAACGCCUUUAUUCAGAAGCAUGUGGAGGAAUAUUGGCAGAAACCAUGGGCUGCGGGAAAACCCUGAUAUGUCUCGCAGUCAUCUUAUCUACACGUGGCCAUGUUCCUCGCAUCCCGACGGAGUAUCAAAAUACUAGCAAUCCAGUGCGUGACACCACUGGUUCACUCAUGCAGAUGGCCGCUGCUACGGCUGGGCGAUUUUCCAUCCCCUGGCAGAACCACUUUCAGCGAUUGAAAGAGUCGGGUAUAAAUUAUGAACGGUGUGUGCAGACGUGCGUGCUCAAUAGGGGGAAAUAUACAAUUUCUCCUCCUCCUUCAAGGUAUCAAAGUCGUGGUGGAUGGUUGUCACGGCCAGGAGCAGUCAGCCUUUACUUGAAUUCGGGGACUCUCAUAAUUGUUCCCCCUAACUUGGUUGACCAUUGGAGAAUGGAAAUUGAUACUCACACCGAAGGUUUGAGAGUGUUGAUUUUGAGAAACCGAAAUGACAAGACGCCUCCUAUGAAUGAACUGUUCGAUUAUGAUAUUAUACUGUUCUCGCGUACUCGAUUUGAAAAGGAGGCUGGGGAGCCUGAAACCAAUCGUCGUUCUCCAUCUGCUUCCUCCGAAUCACCACUCAAGAGAUUUCACUGGCUUCGAAUUAUUGUAGAUGAAGGCCACAACGUCGCAGGCCAUGGGCACAAGUCGAGUACUGUGCACCUCUUAGAUCAACUGCACAUCGAACGCAGAUGGGUGGUUUCUGGAACGCCUUCCAAUGGACUGUACGGGGCCGAACUGAGUCUCGCCUCACAGCAAGCACUCGCAACUGAUGCUUGGCCUGCCGAUGACACAGCAUCAUCAGUUUUGCUUUCUCGCAAACAGACUGGCACCGCUAUUGAUGAAGAAAUGAAGGAUGUGGACAAGUUGCGUCUCAUUGUCGUGGAGUUUCUGAAGCAUAAGCCUUGGGCAAAUUCGCGGUCGGAAGACCCUGCGAAUUGGACAAAGUACAUCAAACCAAUAGGAGAAGACGGUAAACGGAGAAAGUCACCAUCUCUUCGUGCGGUUUUGCAAGGUCUUGUUGUGAGACAUCGCCUGGAUGUCAUCAACAAUGAGCUUCCGCUCCCAAGGCUGUACAACAGAGUCGUGAGCCUUGAGCCAACAUUUUACGACAAAGUAUCUCUGAAUAUCUUCCUAUUCUCUCUGACGGUGAAUGCAAUUACGUCGGAGCGUAUCGAUCAAGAUUACAUGUUUCAGAGUCGAAACAGGAAGCAUAUUAGCUUGUUGAUAAACAAUCUUCGCCAGGCUGGAUUUUGGUGGACAGGUCACAAGCAAAAGGAGUUGGAGACGACUAUAGAUGUGGCCCUGAAAUAUUUAGAAAAGAAUCGCGAGAAGAUGUCAGAAGGUGACACCUUGCUUCUAAUGGAGGGUUUGCAUAUUGCUCAUCGCGCACUCUCUUGCGAAAGCUACAGCGCAUUUUGUCAUCUCGAUGAACUUGGUGUUUAUGUUGAAGAUUUCCCUGAGCAUGCUCGUGAACAAUGGUCGUUGACAUUCAAUAACGGUGUCCCGGAUUCCAACAAACCGCUGCUUUUAGGGAUUUCCCAUGCCCGACAUGCCCAAUUGUUUGUAACAUCAAAUCUCACAGCGGAUGACCCGUCUGAAGGACUAGCUGGGGCGGGCAUUGUUGCUCGACGCCAAUUAUCACAGCGAUCUGAAAAGUCUGUCAAAAGUGCAAAUGAGUCGGGGGCAGCGGAUACACUCACACACAAAAACAAACCAGCAGAGAAUCGAUCACCUAGAAAGACGUUUCUCAGAGGAAUUACCAGAAAACUUUCACCCGAGUUGCCUCUUGCAAAGACAAAAGUUGUUGCAACUACUUCUGCAAAGCUCACAUAUCUUCUAGAUCGGGUCCAGGAACUUCAUAAGACGGAAAAAAUCAUCAUUUUCUAUGAGAACAACAACACAGCUUUUUGGAUUGCCGAGGGUUUGGAAAUGUUGGGUAUAGAAUUUCGAAUCUACGCCAAUACGCUCAAAACAAGUCAGAAAUCUGCGUAUCUUUCGUUGUUUGAAGAAUCAUCCAGUGUGCGAAUAUUACUCAUGGAUUUACGACAGGCAUCACAUGGGCUACACGUCGCAAGCGCGUCCCGGAUAUUCAUAGUUAACCCGAUUUGGAGGCCUAAUGUUGAGAGCCAGGCUAUAAAGCGUGCUCAUCGUAUUGGGCAAACCAGACCUGUGUUUGUUGAAACGUUGGUUCUUAAAGAUACAUUGGAAGAGAAAAUGUUGCGCAGGAGACAGGAAAUGACAAACUCAGAAAUGCAGCAUGCAGAGAAGGAUAUGCUUGAAGACUCGACUAUGACUUCCAUCAUUCAACGCGAGCGAUUCUAUCCCUUGCCAGAGAAUGACGAGCACAUCAGACCGUCAUACUUGCGUGAGCCUUCCGGGUUUUUUGACCGUCAUGAGUUGCCGAUUCCAGAUGAUUACAGUCGUGAGACUAAAUCGUCUAUUGAAUACCCAAUCACUCCAACCAAACGCAAGUCAUCUCGGGAUGGAACCGGUAUUGCUUGGAUUGAGUCAGACAUCUCACCCGAGUAUACACCUAAGAAGAAAAAGACGGUUCCUAGGUUCCAGAUCGUUACCGAGAAUGGAAUUGUUAUGACUCCUCCGAGAGCAUCGCCAUCUCCAGACAGAUCAGAUCUUACACCACAGUAAAUUCCUGCGUCAAACCCGGUUACUCCUCGUGGCAGUGAUAUAGAACUGCCUGCCCAAGGUUCUAGUUUGUUCUGAGGAUAAAUUUAAUGAAAACUGUUCAUAUAUGUCAUUCAGAUGUAUUUAAUUCUUGAUCUCUACAAGACAAUGGUGUUAUCAAUUGAUAUUUCUACUUUCAUUCCACGUUUAUGUAGAUGUAACAACAUUGAAUAUUUAGAACUGGCACC